AUGGGAGGCCGAACUCCUCGCCCGAGCGAGUUGCGACUUCUUGUACUUGCUGGUGGCCCCAAAGCCUCAGGAGCAACCCCACCAAAUAAACCACCGGAGUCUGCAGCUUCGCAGAAGAAGGCCAGCUGGCAGUCUUUGCAGCCGCUGGCGCUGCCGUACCCGUCUGCGCCUGAAGUUCCCGUGGACUUCUUUGUUUCUGGCGAAGUCAUUUAUGAAAUAAACAAAAGCUGCAGAAGCGUGGGCACCUGCUCGGCGCUGCUGCCGCCGCAGCUGCUGCUGGGCGACGGCUCUUUGCUGCUGGCCACCCCCAUGGACCCGCUGCUGCUGCUGCUGCCCCACCUACGGCUAACUGCUGCUGCAUCUUUCCUGCCGCUGCUGGAUGCUGCAGCACCCAGCAAGCUGGACGCAAACCUCCGCAGCAACCUGCAGGCCCUCGCGCAGCACCCCGCAGUGCUGCGGCGGCUGCACUGCACAUGCGACCUCAGGCUGCUGAAUUCUGACGCUGCUGCUGCUGAAACAGAGCCAGCCGUCGCCGACGCUGCUGCUGCUGCUGCUGCUGCUGCUGCUGCUGUGACUGCUGAGGAGGGCCGCGAGCGCCUGUCUGCUGCUCUCAGCGGCUGCUUAUUUGUUCGAUUUAAUUCCGCAAAGACAACAGACUUUCUUCUCCGAAAACACAACAAACUAGCAAGAGCAAUUUCAGCUCAGAGGGUGGCGCCCAGUGCCUUUCCUGCAGCCGCCGCGUCUGCUGUCGCCCACAGCAGCAGCAGCCCACCAGCAGCAGCAGCAGCAGCAGCAGCAGCAGACCCCAGCAGCCAUUCGCUUGCGUUCUCUAUCUUUUCUGCGUAUCUCGUUAAGCCCUUAGCUGCUGCGCUGGAGCAGCGGCUGAAGCGGGAGGGCCUUUUGUCUGAGGGGCGUCAGUGUGGGGCCUCAGGCGCAGAGUGCAAGCAAAUAAGUGCGAAGGCAAAGGCAAGCAGCAGCAACACUGCAGCAGCAGCAGCAGCAGCAGCAACAAAGGCCUCGAACUUGAAGGCUGGGACCAGACUCAAGAGAGCAGCGGGGGGCGCAGCGGCAACAGCAAAUAGCAAGAAGACACAAACAGGCAAAAGACCUGCUUAG